UUAAUAUCAAAAUUGUUAACCGGAACACCACAAUGGUGCUUCGGGUUUCAAUCAUGAUGAAUUACAUUUGAUUUUUAAUUUCUAGUAUUCAUUUACUUAAUAAAGCAGAAAUGGACAGAGUGGGUCCAUCCUUUGAGUCAUUCCUGCAACAAGGGGACACACCUGUUCCUAGAGCAAAAGAAACAGCAACAGCUCUGAAGAGAAGAAGCACCAAUCUUAAUCUCCAGAAAUCGAUUAAACUUCUUGAUGAUGCUGUCACACCAUACGUCAAUCGAUCCAUCCGUACACCCAGAGGAAGCUUACGACAUUCUACACACACACCUGCACGCCAAAGCUCUGGACUUGAUGCAAGUGAUCUUUUCAACUUUACCCCCACACAGAAGAUAACACCGCUUCAAUCUCCUGCCCUGGAAUUAACUUCUCAACACUUGACACAACAGCAGACACCAGGCAGACAGUUUCAAAAUGCUAACUUAACAACAGGACUUGACACCACAGAAUUUACUAACAUCAAUUUAACUUUAAUUGCUGAUGAAGAUCCUGGGAAGAAAGCCUCUACUGGCAUGUAUGGCGCAUUUAAGGAGAUUCUAAAGCAGUUGACAUCCCCACACCAGGUGAUGGACCUACUGACAGAAUAUGAAUCUUAUUGCGCUGAACAAGUUUCUUGUCUUAAGCAUCUCAGCCGAAGUGUCACGCGCAACCAGCCAAAGUUUAAAAGAACAAUGGAUACUUUUGAACUUCUACAACAUGAGAAAAACACAUGGAAGCUGAUACGAUCACUGUACAAAGACAGACUGGAGACUGAGGCCAGAGAGGAAUCAUUUGACAUGUCAGAUAGUGAGGACACAUCCUCUAAAGCUGUGGUAUGGUCUCUAAGUGAAAACAAUAUUGCUAAUCGCCUGUUUGAAAAAGAUGCCUUAGUCAGACAAAGUCAGCUUGUUAUCGACUGGCUAGAAACUUGUGCAUCUGAGCAUCUUGAAACUUACUAUAAAAAUGUAAAAUUCUUUGUGGAUCAGCCUGUUUCAUGGGAAAAUACACUUCACCAUCUUCAAAAAUUAAAACAAGGUCAUCGAAAUGUUUCUGAUAGAUAUAUCAAUGAAAUGGAUCCAGAUGCUCCCCUCAGACUGAAGAAAUCUUUAGAUGACUUGGAUCAGGAAGAUGAUAGGUUUUUCAUCCAAAAUCUCUUCAUUUUUAUACGUGCAGGUCAAUUAGAAAAGGCUCAAGAACUUUGCCAUGCUUGUGGUCAGCCGUGGAGGGCAGCUACAUUAGAAGGUUGGCGCUUGCUGCAUGAUUCUAACUACUAUGUUUCUUCUUUAACCUCUGAGGUUGCUCCCGUGGAGGGCAACCCAUACCGGGAUAUAUGGAAAGCUGUUUGCUGGCGGAUGGCCUCUGAGAAGGACCUGGACCAGUUUGAGAGAGCUGUAUAUGCAACUUUGAGUGGAAAUCUGCAUGGCAUGCUGCCUGUUUGUGCAUCAUGGAUGGACUAUGUCUGGGCUUACUUCAAGGUUAUGGUUGAUGUAAAGGUAGAGCAAGAAAUUAGACUUCAUCGCCAUAUUGAUAGACAGUUUGAACAACUGCCACCAGAGUAUUUUGAAAAAAACUAUGAACCUUCUGAGAUUUUCAAAGAGAUAAAUGCGAGUAAUGAUGAGAAUGUGCGUCUACAAGCAGAAAACUGGUAUCACAUCAUUCAAAAGUUCAUAAUUCUCAAUGACAUAUCUGGACUCAUUGAAGUGAUGCAUGGCUGGCUGGACAAGGAUGAUGAGGCAACACCAGGACAUUUGCUGCGACUUAUGGCACACAUUAUUCUUUUCCUCAGAACUAUUGGAAGAGCAUGCAAGGAUGACCAGUGUGAAGCUAUUUUAAAAGCUUAUGUUAGGCAUUUAAUAAAAAACAAGCAGAAGAAUCUGGUAGCUCAUUAUGUUGCUGCCCUUAGUCCCUCAGCCCAAGUUCACUUGUAUGCAUCAUUUUUGGAAGACAUUGAGAGUCAAGAUGAGCGACAGCAGUGCUUAAUCUGGGCAGAAGAAGAAAAUCUGGACGUGGCUCUUAUUACUAAAACUGUUGUGGAGAAAAUAAGAAGUAGAGAAACAGUUUCUCUUUUCCCAGAAACUAGUUUAGUUGCUGACCUUAACAUCACAGAGGAAGACAAAGCAAAGAUUGAUGCCAUUGAGUGGUUAGUAUUUGACCCAUCACACAGAUCUGAAGCUGUUAAACAAGCUAAUGCAAUGAUGCGAACAUUUAUUGCUGUAAAAAAACAUGCAGCAGCUCGACAAGUUUUUGAAAAACUUCCAUCCGACACAAUAGAUGUUAUCUUAAGAUCCUGGUACACAAGGACCAGCUCAAGUGAACUUCCUGCCAAUGUCAACAAUGCUAUCAGAGAGUACAUGUGCAUGAAAGCAUACCUGGAUGCUGUGGAAAGUUUCAAUGACUGGUUUAGUUUGUAUCACCAAGGGCAGCCAGUCAAACCAAGUGGAGUAGAGGGUGGAAGUUUUACUGACAGAGUUGCUUUUGAUCAUAGGAUGAAGCAGUAUCAACAAGAGUAUGAGCGUUGGAUGCACAACUUGCAAGUCCAAACAAGGACAACAAGAGACAGAAUCUACAAUGUUUUACUGUUCACAGAUGGAGGUUGGCUAGUAGAUACAUGGCAGGAUGAAGAUGCAGAUGUUUCUAGACAGGAGCAAAUGUCCAGGUUAAGAAAGCUGCACCUGCCUGCAUUAUGUCUCAACCUGCAUAAGGUGUUAGAUUCCAGUCAAAUGUAUGUAGAGGCUGUGCAGCUAGCAGAUAUCAUUGCAUCAGAACAACAUCAACUAUACAAGGAGUUUGACAAGGAGUCCCUGCAGCAUAUUUUAACUCAGAUAAUGAAGUCAGCUCACAGUUUGCUGGAUGACAACAAAGAUCCCUUAGGAUAUCAAGUUGUUUAGUCAUUUUACCUCAUUUUUGUCCAGUUAGUUCUCUAUUGAAGGCUAACUUGUGUUAAAACCCAUUAAAUCUAAAUACUUAAAAAAUAUAUUGUUUUGGGAAUUUUGUUCAAAUUAUAAAUAGAUCAUUUUAAUAUUCUUAUGAACUGCUGACAUUUGUUUGACAUUACAUUUUGUGAACAACUGAAUGCUUUAAAAAAACUUGGUUUUGUUAGUCUAUUUUUGUAAUUGUGAAAAACUUGUCUUGAGCCAUCAAUUUAAUUAUGUAAUAGGCCUACUUGUUUUAUGUAUUUUAACUGAAUUUACAAUAAAACCAAUUUCUUUC